GGGCGGCCACUCGGACGCCGACAGGCAGCGUUCGGGAUGUGAACGGCGGCUCCAGCGCCCGGAGCGAGCGGCCGCCGGCGCCGAGCUGCAGCAUGUGGCUGGCCCUGCUCCUGGGGCUGCUCCUCUCCCGAGCCGGAGACUUCCUGGCUCUGCCACGGAGUGACUGCAUAGUAGCAGAACAGCUGUGCCUCUUAGACUCCAUCUGUAAUGCCACUUACAGGACUCUGGAAAACUGUGACCUUGCUAAGACGCGUUUCGUCGCGCUGGAUCAUGAUAGCAGGGUCAGAUGUCUGAAUGCAGAGCUAUACCUUGGGAACAGCUCUUUAUUGCACUGCAAGUGCCAUCGGCGCAUGAAGAGACAGGAGCAUUGCCUGCGCAUUUUCUGGACCGUUCACUCCAGCAUGACAGAUGGUUAUUUCAACUUGGAAACCUCUCCCUAUGAGAAUCCAGCAAUUGAAGAGCACUGGAAAACAGAUUAUAAUGAACUGGCAGCUCUGGUAUCAGGCUCUCAGUUAGCAGGAGAUGCAGCAAACCCAUGCCUGAAGGCAACUCAUGUCUGUAAUCUGAGCAAGAAGUGUGUUCGGCUGCGCACAGACUAUGCCUCAAUCUGCACCAGAGGGACUGGAAGUGAGGACAUGUGUGACCGUCGCAAAUGCCAUCGAGGGCUAAGAAAUUUCUUUGAGAAAGUCCCUGAGGAUUUCACUAGAAGGAUCCUAUUCUGUCCAUGUCAAGAUGAACUCUGUGGAGAAAGACGCCGGAAAACUAUUGUUCCCGAUUGUUCCUUUCAGUAUAGCACCAAACCUAAUUGCCUUUGGCUUCUGGACUCCUGCUUGGAAGACCAUAUCUGCAAAUCCCGACUGGCUGAUUUCCAACAAAACUGCCAACCUGCAGAUAUGUCCCCAGAUGGUUGCUCUCAGCACAAUCACGCUGCAUGCCUGCAGGCUUACAUGGGGAUGAUUGGCACGCCUAUGACACCCAACUACAUCAGUAACUCCAGUGUGGAGGUCUCCCUGUGGUGUACCUGUGAAAGCAGUGGCAACCAGAAGGAGAAGUGUGACCAGAUACUUGGCAUGUUUGAGAGCAACAAAUGCCUUGAAAAUGCUAUUUGGUCUCAAAUGCACCAGAAGCUGACAGGUCUGGAAAGACAAAAAGACUUGUAUUAUUCAUCUUCCCUAAGUUUCCAAGGAGACAGUGCCAGCACAUCUCUUGCUUCAGAGAUGUCUCAGGUGGCUGAAGUGAAGACACAGCAAGACACCUCUGAACACAGCAGUUUGCCUAUGGCCUCCUCUGUAUAUUCUGGAGCUGCUGUUUCUUGGACAUCUCUGUCUCUAUUCCUUCCCCUGUUGCUGAGCCCACUUUAACUUGGCAUGUGACAUAUUUCCUUCCCAUAUUAUUAAUCUUACCCCAUAUCCAGGCAUCUCCCAUUACUGAUUUACCCACAAGAAACAAUAGGCCUCUGUAAAAGGGGAAGGGAACAGCCUUAGCCUUGUAACUGCAGUCACUGAACACCUCUCCCUGACCUGUGCCCCUCUUUCCUCCAGUCAGUCUGCACUGAGAGAUGCAGAUUUGGUGCCCACCGUUGCUUCUGCCACAUUUAGUGUUUUGAGUGACAGUCAGGCUAAUAUUCAAUCAUGGUAUUUUAAAACAAGUCUGCAUUCUGUCAGAACUUGUGUGGGGUUAGUUUUCUAUCUACAGGGAUGCACAUGACACUGUUUCCUACCACCCUAUAUGUUUGAGCUCUUCCUUAAGCAUAGAGUACAGCACACCAUCCUCAAGUGUUAGGUCCUGUGCUUUGGCUACAACAACCCCAGGUAACACUACAGGCCCGGGGCAGAGUGGCUGGAAGACUGCCUGGAAGAAAUGGACCUGAGGGUGUUGAUUGAUGCUUGGCUAAACACGAGCCAGCAGUGUGCCCAGGCAGCAAAGAAGACCAAAGGCAUUCUGGCUAGUAUAAGAAAUAGCAUUGCCAGCAGGAGCAGAGAAGUGAUAUGCCCUGUGUUUCAGCUCCGGUGAGGCUCAGUUUUUGACCAGUCACUACAGGAAAGACAUCAGGGCCUUGGAGUGUGUCCAGAGGAGGACAGCAAAGCUGGUGAAAGGUCUGGAGCACAGGCCUUAUGAGCAGUGGCUGAAGGAGCUGGAAUUGUUUGGUCUGGAAAAAAAUGAGGCUCAGAGGAAAUCUUAUCACCGCCUACAACUACAUGAAAAGAGGUUGUAGUGAGGUGAGGGUCAGCCUCUUCUCCUGUGUAAGUGAUGGGGCUAGAGGGAAUGGCCUCAAGUUGCACCAGGGGAAGCUCAGG